CUGAAGCACUCCCUCUAGCCGUAGGGAAGGUUUUGGCCCUGGGUUUUCUUGGCACGUACCAUUUUGUUGAAAGACAGAGCACCCUGAGGACAUUAUCCCUAAAAUGAGAGCGGACUCGGAUUGAAAGGCUAACUACAGAAAUGGCUGCUGCCCAGACGCCCUCAAAAGCCAAGGCCUUGGCCGCCAUUUUUAUUUGCCGCCAAAGCAAAAAACAAACCCACGGAGGGACAGAGGCCUGGGUCAGGGGUUCCGCCUGGGAAAAAGGCAGACCUUGAAACUGCCCUCUUAGGGCGUGAAGGAGAAAAGCCGGGAUCCUCAGGGUUGGUUAUAAAAUAUUUAAGGGCGAGAAAAGGAUCGCAGGAGCCAGGCCUUGAGAUGAGUUUGGAGUCCCUGUUUCAGCACAUCAUCUUCACCGAGCAUCAGGCGGAGGAGAGUCGCCGUUUAAUGCGAGAAGUGAGGUCGGAAAUAACCAGAUGUCGUGAAAAAAUAAAGAAAGCAACGGAGGAGCUGAAUGAAGAGAAAAUCAAGCUGGAAUCUAAGGUUCAACAGUUUUUUGAAAAAUCCUUCCUCUUACAGCUUUUGAAAACUCAUGAAAAUGCCUUAGAAAAACAGUACAGUGAAAUUACAAACCACAGGAAUAUGCUUCUUCAAACCUUUGAGGCUAUAAAGAAACAAAUGAUAGAGGAGGAAGACAAAUUUUUUAAGGAAAUUACAGACUUUAAUAAUGAGUAUGAACUAACAAAGAAAAGAGAGCUUUUGAUGAAAGAAAAUAUCAAGAUUGAAAUAUCUGACUUAGAAAACCAAGCAAACACUUUGAAAAGUGAAAUGAAGUCAAUGGAACAUGAUAGUAGCCAGCUAAAUGAACUUCAAAAACAAAAGAGUGAAUUGAUACAAGAAUUAUUUACUCUCCAAAGAAAACUUAAAGUUUUUGAAGAUGAAAAGAAUGAAUCCAUUUGUACUACCAAAUAUCUAGAGGCAGAAAAAAUAAAAAUCAAUGAAAAGCCUCAAAAUGAUGCAGAAUGCUUAAGACUUAAAAAAGAAUUAGAACUUUAUAAGGAAGAUGACAUGGAAAGUGUUUAUGAAGCUCUCCAAACAGAAAUAGAAUUUUUAGAGUUGACAUUGGCACAGAAAUAUCUUCAGGAAAGCAAAUAACUUACAGAGAAUUGAUCAGCCAUCUGAGAUUUGAUCAGAAUAUCUUAGAAUCAAAUCUUAGUGAUACAUAUGUGAAUGGUACAUGUUACAACAGAUCCUUGUGGAAAAUACGAGGUUUAAAAUAUUCAAAUUGUUAAUAUCUAGAAAUGGUGUGUUAGUCCUUUAAGGUAAUUUUUGUCUUGUUACUCAAAUUUUAAGAGUUCUUCUGUGGUUUGAUUUUGUUUCUAAAAGGAAGGAAAAGGAGAAGAAGUAGAUACCGUGCUCCCAGGCUUCUUAUAUGCCCCUGAACCUCAAGCUGUCCUGUUCUUUCUAAUCUAUAUGAUUUGGUUUGGAUCUGUGUCCACGCCCAAAUCUCACGUUGAAUUGUGAUCCCCACUGUUGGAGGUGGGCCCUAAUAGGAAGUGACUGGAUCACGGGGGUGGGUUUCUCAUGAAUACCUUAGCACCAUUCUUCUUGGUACUGUCCUUGCCAUAGUGAGUGAGUUCUCCUGAGAUCUGGUUAUUAGUGUAUAGCACUUAAUCCACUUUGCUCCUGCUGCCACCAUAUGAGAUGUCUCACACCCGCUUUGCCUUCAGUCAUGAUUGGAAACUUCCUGAGGCCUCUCUAAAAGUAGAAGUCAGUAUGCUUCCUGUACAGCCUGCGGAACCAUGGGACAAAUAAACCUGCGUUCUUUAUAAAUCA